UACAGCUUUUUUUUUUUCUUCCUUUGAACCAACACAAACAAAACAGCUUCGGCUGCAUUUUCAAUGAAACGCCGCGGCGACACAGGCGGAUCAUUGUGUCUCUCUGCAGGCUGCGGCUCGUUUCUCUCAUCGCCAUUUUCAGCCGUCAGACUCUCUGCUGCUCUCUGAAACAUCAUGGACACCGACUACUCCUCCGGCUUGGAGAACCCUCUGUACAGCGAGCUGAAAUACUUCUGCAGGAAGAUCCAGGAGGCCUACACCGAGCUGAAGGAGGACCUGACCCCUUACAGGGAUGAUCGCUUUUACAGGUUGGCCCCCAUGCGGCUCUACACUCUGUCCAAAAGACACUUUGUCCUGGUCUUUGUGUGUUUCCUGAUCUGCUUUGGACUCACAGUCUUCAUCGGGAUCGCAGGUCCGAAGAUUAUUGCUGAGCAGGAGCACAACGGUGACCAGAUCCUUCUCAAAAACCUCUCAGUAAAGACUGGGCCCUUCAGUCUAGUGUCUCCUCCCCUCACCACCUACAACCAGCAGCUGUGGCUCACCUGUGUGGUGCAGGCUGAACACAGCAACAUGGGAGACUUCAAGCAGCCUUUCGAGCUCAACGUGAAGCUGAAGGGAGUGAGGCAGGACGCCAGCGUCAAGCACAUCAACAACAUGCACCAGAAGUCCAGAACACUGCACUGUGGGGCUAAAUGUGAUGAGAUCAUUGUGCUCCAUCUGGGCUAUCUGAACUACACCCAGUACCAGGUGAUAGUCAGCUUCAAGGGCCUCGAAAAUAUCACUUAUGAGAUCAAGGUCAAGUUUGUGUGGAAAACCUACAACCCCACCUUCUCACAAGUGGAGAUCUGGUUCCGCUUUGUCUUCGUGGUGUUGACUUUUAUGGUGACGUGUAUGUUUGCUCACUCUCUGAGGAAGUUUUCCAUGAGGGACUGGGGCAUCGAACAGAAGUGGAUGUCUAUCCUGCUGCCUCUGCUGCUGCUCUACAACGAUCCGUUCUUCCCGCUGUCGUUCCUGGUCAACAGCUGGUUUCCAGGAACGUUAGACGCUUUCUUCCAGGCUCUGUUCCUGUGCGCCCUGCUGCUCUUCUGGCUCUGUGUUUAUCACGGCAUCAGGGUUCAGGGUGAGAGGAAAUGUCUGACGUUCUACCUGCCGAAGCUGAUCAUUGUGGGUCUUCUGUGGCUCUCGGCUGUUACACUGGGCAUUUGGCAAACGGUUAAUGAACUCCAAGACCCUACCUAUCAGUAUAAAGUGGACAUAGGGAACUUUCAGGGCAUGAAAGUGUUCUUCCUGAUAGUCGUUGCCCUCUACAUCCUGUACCUGGUCUUCCUGGUGGUCAGAGCUUGUUCUGAACUCAAGAACAUGCCCUACUCAGAUCUCCGGCUCAGGUUUCUGACAGCGCUGACGUUUGUGGUCCUUGUCAUAAGCAUGGUCAUCCUGUACCUGAGGUUUGGUGCCAAGGCUCUCCAGGACAAUUUUGUGGCUGAACUGUCAACUCAUUACCAAAACUCAGCUGAAUUUUUAUCAUUCUAUGGUCUGCUCAACUUUUAUUUGUACACACUGGCAUUUGUGUAUUCCCCCUCCAAAAAUGCACUUUAUGAUUCCCAGUUGAAGGAUAACCCUGCUUUCUCCAUGCUAAAUGACUCAGAUGAUGAAGUAAUAUACGGGAGUGAUUACGAGGACAUGCCUUUACAAAACGGACGCGCUAUCAAAGCCACCGCCAAGUACCAGGAUGAGACCGACAGCGACUGAGCAGAUCUGACUCACUUGUUCCUGCUUCGUGUCCCCUGUUGGAAUCUAUGAGAAUACAAAACAACAAAGCUUCAUGUGUAUGUGUAAAUAAGGAGUACUUGCAUUGGUAAUAUGAAAUGAUGAACUGCAAGUGUACAUAACUAUAUUUUUAAAAAAGUUCCCACACUUCUGAAUGUACUGUACUUUUACUGAAAGUUGGGGCAUGUGGCCGCUCAAACUUUUGUCUUCAGUGUUCAUGCUUUCAGUCUCAUUGAAAACUAACUCAGAUGUACAAUGGUCAAAGUUUUUACCUGUUUGUAAACUCUUUCCCUCAGAACCAGCAUUUCUACACAACCUGAUAGUAAGAAAUGAUCGGGAGAAGUGCUAAUAUUAAUUGGGAUUUUUUUUGUUUGUGUAAAAAGGAUGUUAUUUUUAAUGCUUUGUGUUGAACCACUUUUUUCUCUCUUAUGCACUGUAUUAUUUUUGCCAUUCCAUUGUGCUCGCUGACAGUCUGAGGAAAAUGAAGAUGCAUAUAUCUGACCAAGCUGAGUAUUUUACUGGUGGUAGAAGUUUAAGGAAGCUUAUGUGUUAGUGAUUAACUGGGAAGUGCCAAAUCGGUGUUGAGUAUUCACAAAUUCUCAUUUUUCUCAGACAUGUUAUUAAAAAUACAAAGAGCGCCUUAGAUACCACUUCACUCUUACCACUUCUUUUGCCAAUUCUUCCCUUGGAAAGUAGCUUUGUAAUUGCACUUGUUUAAUUUAUUUUGCUGAAACGUGGCAUUUGAUACUGUACUAUAUGACUACAUGGACGAAUGGCUUUUGAUGAAUUGUAAGGAUUUUACACGACUUGUAAAUGGACUACUGAUUUAUGGCGCUACACAUUACUUUCCCUGAACAAACUGCAAUCAUACAACUGGCCAAAUAUAUUUUUGCCUUAUGUAGAACACAUUUUAAGUAAUUAUUUUUUCGUUUGUAACUUUCCUUAUUAUUGCUUACAAUGUGAGACUUGCUGCUCUUUACUUUGUUUUAUAGAACUGGACUUAUAACAGCCAAAACAAAUGUGUUUCCUUUCUUUACAAAAUAGUAUAUCAUGUAUUCUAAUCAAGAUGGUGCCUUGUCUUUACAUUUCCUCUAAACGAGCUGCAAUCUGAAAAGUGUUAAUGUGUUGACACCAAUGUACAUUUUUGAUUCUU